GUGCGGACAGUGGCAGGCUGGAUUUUUUUUUUUUUUUUUUUAUUCCUUAAGGUUGCAGCCGACUGCCUCUGAAUUUAAAGGGCCCCUGCCUUCCCGAAUUUGGUUUGAAGGCAAGAGGGAGUUGUUUCUGGACGUCGCUUUGUCAUGAGACCUGUGCGGUUGAGAGUAUUGUUUUUCAUUGUGGCCGUGUACGGGGCUUGGGCUGGGACGCCGAAGGACGACGAUGACACAGAACGCAUGCCCAGCAAAUGCGAAGUGUGUAAGCUGCUAAGCACAGAGCUGCAGGAGGAACUGAGUCGCACUGGCCGAUCUCGGGAGGUGCUGGAGCUGGGUCAGGUGCUAGACACAGGCAAGAGGAAGAGACAUGUGCCUUACAGUGUUUCAGAGACAAGACUGGAAGAGGCCUUGGAGAAUUUAUGCGAGCAGAUCCUGGAUUACAGUGUUCAUGCCGAGCGCAAGGGCUCACUGAGAUAUGCUAAGGGUCAGAGUCAAACCAUGGCAACAUUGAAAGGCCUAGUACAGAAGGGGGUGAAGGUGGAUAUGGGGAUCCCUUUGGAGCUAUGGGAUGAGCCCAGCAUGGAGGUCACGUUCCUCAAGAAGCAGUGUGAGACAAUGCUGGAGGAGUUUGAAGAUGUUGUGGGAGACUGGUACUUCCACCAUCAGGAGCAGCCCCUACAGCGUUUUCUCUGUGAAGGUCAUGUGCUCCCAGCUGCUGAAACUGCAUGUCUACAGGAAACUUGGACUGGAAAGGAGACCACAGAUGGGGAAGAGAAGACCAAAGAGGAACAAGAGGAGGAAGAAGUGGGAGAAGAGAAAAAUAAGGGAGAAGAGGAUGAAAAAAAAGAAAAGUUGACUAAGAAAUCAGGCCUCACCAAGCAUGACCCAGAGGACCUUUGAGCCCUGAUUUUGAGCCCCCAGGAGGGGCAGGAAUCAUGGAGAAGAUCCCUCUGAAGUCUGAGAUCUCCCUGCCCCAUCCCCCAGCUUUGAGGGUGUUUGUGUGUGUGACCCCACCUCAAAGCUUGCAGCUGGUCUCUUCUCUCUGAUGUCAGGCAGGAUCCUGGUGAGGCAGUAUCACAUGGCUGUGGGUAGAAAGUGAGAGCUGCAGGUUAAGUCCUGCCUAUAUAGGUGGAUGUUCUGCCAUCCAGCCCCUUAACUGACAAGUGCAUAUGGUGACAGUAUUGAAGUCUUUCCCCUUUUAAGUGUCUCUACUGCUCCCCACCCCCACCCAGAGGUCAAAGGUGGCAUUGGAGUUGUGUGUUUUCCCAGGAAAGAAAAGUCACAACUUGAGACACAGUCUCACUCUGUUGCCCCAGGCUAUAGAGUGCUAUGAAGUCAUAGAUCACAGCAAGUUAACACUCCUGGGUUCAGAUGAUCCUUCUGCCUCAGCCUCCAGAGUAGCUGGAACUACAGGCAUCCUCCAACCCCCCUCCCCAACUUUUCUAUUUUUUUUUUUUUGUAGAGACAGAGU